AUGAAGACAACGAAGACUCGAUUGACAGAAGACAACAUCGCCAUAACAGCUGUGGCAGGCGAACAAGAGAAUAACUGCAACAGACAAUGGUGGAAAGACAGCGGAUUGAGGGAGCUGAACGUAAGGCUUUUGCCUAUCUUUCUUUCCCCAGUGAUGAUAGGUUAUGAUGGUGCACUCAUCGGCGGGUUAUUGACAAUACCCCAAUAUCUUGGGUUUUCAUCAAAGGACACAAGUCUCACCGGAAUCAUGGUGGCCGGUUACUCCAUCGGCGGCGCUUUGAUGUUUUGGAUAGUAAGCUUGCUGGGGGACGUUAUUGGGCGACGGAAGGUCAUUAUGAUAGGAGAUGUGGUAAUGAUUGCAACAGGAAAGAUGGGAGUUGGCGGCAUCAUUAUAGUCUGCUUAGGCCCUGUCCUGUUGACAGAACUUGCCCACCCACGACAGAGAGGCUCUCUGGUUGCAACUUACUCCUCAUUCUUUUAUGCUUCAAGGACUAAGAGUACAUUAGCAUCGGCAUGGUUCACGUACGGCAGCCUUCAUCUCAGGAGUGAGUGGAGUUGGCGUCUGCCAGUUGUCGUCCAGAUUAUACCUCCUCUGCUGCAACUGCCGUUGAUGAUGCUCGUACCUGAGUCUCCGCGGUGGCUUGUAGCUAAAGGAGACGUGACAAAGGCCCGCAGGAUUCUGGCAACAUACCAUGCCAAUGGUUUCGAGUCGGAUCAGCUGGUGCAAGCCGAAUAUGACCAGAUCUGCUGCAGCCUCGAGAAUGAGAAACAUCAACAGAAAGCUUCAUGGAUGGCGUUUUUCCAAACCGCUGGAAAUCGAAAACGUCUUUUCAUCGUGGUCGUUACCUCGCUGAUGUCUCAAUGGAGCGGGGGAGGGAUCAUAACUUACUAUUUUGCCGCCGCACUCAAGUCUGUUGGCAUCAGGCAGCCCUUGCAGCAAGCUGGCAUUAACGGUGGGCUUCAAACUUUCAACUUUGUGAUCGCUCUCUUCAGCGCAAUCAUCGUCGACAAGGUAGGGCGGCGAGUUUUGUUCCUUUUUUCCACAGCAACCAUGCUCCUGGCUAUGGUCGGCCUCACAGUUGCGACGCAGCAAUUUUCAGUCACUGCAAGAAGCGAAGCUGGUUCUGCGGUAGUUGUGAUGUUUUUCGUCUUUCAAUUGGGAUUCGACAGCGGAUAUGCGCCGUUAGGAACAACCUAUCUUGCGGAGAUAUGUCCUUUCUACCUGAGAGCCAAAGCAGUUGCUCUCCACUACUUUAUAACUAUGGCCAGCGCCGCUGCUGGGCAAUACGCCAAUCCUGUGGCAAUGGCAGAUUUGGGAUGGAAGUACUAUUUGGUGUAUGUUUCGAUCCUUCUAGUAGGGUUUGUGGUUGCGUGGAUUUCAUUUCCGGAAACAAAAGGUUACACUGUGGAAGAGAUCACAAAGAUUUUUGAUACCAAUUGA